GCAGACAGACUCCACCUCGCGCACACACCGGUCUUGCUCCUCGCGCCGGAGAAAACAAGCUGCGUGGACGCGCUCUAAAAAGCAUGCGCCUCAAAGCACUCUUCACGCAUUUGGACUUGCUUUCUUCGGUUUCAGGGUACAUUUAUCAGCAAUAAAGGUUGGUGUGUGAGUGUGUGAACAGCAUGACAAAGAGCCCUCCUCACAGGCGUGGGAUCACGUUUGAGGUGGGAGCGCAGCUGGAGGCCAGGGACAGUCUGAAGAACUGGUAUGCAGCUAGCAUCGAGAAGAUCGACUAUGACGACGAGAAGGUUUUGAUCCACUACAGGCAGUGGAGUCACCGUUAUGAUGAGUGGUUUGACUGGAGCAGUCCGUACCUCAGACCCGUGGAGCGAAUCCAGCUGAGGAAACAAGGUCUCUCUGAACGCCAGAGCGCUCCGGGCUUUCAUGUCAACCAGAAAGUUCUUGCCAGCUGGUCAGACUGUCGGUACUACCCUGCUAAGAUCCUGUCCCGGGACAAAGAUGGUUUCUACACAGUGAAGUUUUUUGAUGGAGUUGUAAAGACAGUGAAGGGGAUUAAGGUGAAGCCAUUCCGCAAGAGCUCUGAUGACAAGACCAAUCGGCAGACUCGAAAGCGGGGCGAUCAAAACAGGAAAAAGUGGAAGGCCAAGGAGAACGGCACCAGCAGAAGUAACGACUCGAGACACAGCACGUCUGACCAGGAUGGAGACAGCAAAUCAGAGGAGGAUGAAGAAGAUGAGUCCAGAGAUCUCCAGAAUGGUGGAGAGAGUGAAAGCGCAGCAGCUCAGACAUUGAACGAGUCAGAAUCGAGUUCUGCAGAGCACAACCAAAAACAGCAGAGUGAAGAAAACAGGACAGAACCGCUUGAGAAUGGAGACGCGAACAACCCAGAGGAGAAAGAGAUGAAUGGAGGACAGGAGGAGUCCCAAGCACUUCAAAAUGGCAUUGACCGUAACGACAGAGACCAGAAAGAGAAGGAAGAAGCAACAGAUGAAAGCCCCAGUCUGCCCAGAAGGACACGGAGUAAGGUGGCAGAUGGAAAAGAUGUGGAAAAGUCCAACGGUCCAGAACUGAGGAAGAGACGUGCAUCAACGGGACAGAUGCCACCGUCCAAAAGGAGCAGAGCCAACUCAAGCACAGACAGAAACAGUCGAUCCCAAAUCAAACCGGACUCUGUCCCGGAGACUUCAGAAAGUAAGGAUGGCUCAACCAGUCCUGCAGAAAAUACAGCACCCAAAGAGGAGGCAGGAUCCACACCUGAUCCCGCUGCAGCAGUCAAACAGCCGCAAACAAUCCACCUUCCAACCACAAACAAGUAUAGCAGAGAACCAUUGUACAGGGUCAUCAAAAACCAGCCGCCCCCUAUCCUGUCCAUCGAGCUGGACCACAACCCGUUCAAAUGCACGAUCGCAGGCUGCCUCAAGUCUUUCCGCAAGGCGUCUCUGCUGCACUACCACAUGAAGUACUAUCACGCACAGAGCGACCCAAGCCCCCCUGACUGCACCCAGACGUGCUUCUCUGACAAACAGAACCAAAGCCAGGAGACCCCUCGCAGGCGCCGGACCGUCUCGUCUCCCCACCGUCACGCUCUGUCGCCCCCUGCUGUCGCCCUGCACCGGCAGCGCUCGGCCACUCUGGGCGCACAGAGGAGCAAAGAGAACCAGCACUUCAACCGCUCGCUGCAUGACUACACAGACUUGCUUGACAAGGAAACAGGAGUGAAAGAACGGGAGAGGCUGAGGGAGAAGCGGCAGAGGGAUUUCUUCCGCAUCAAACUGAAGAAAAAGAAGAAGAAAAGGAAGUCGAAGUCAGACUGUUACAGCACUGAGGAGAGCAUUGGCCUAAAGCCUCUCCCCUGCAAUCUGAAUUCGGCCCACAAAUUGCCCCUCUCCCUCACACACCAGUCCUACACGGGACACUGCCCCGAAAAGAUGCUCAGCCAGGGUGAAGACCGCAGCAGUGAUUUGUCCUCGGACAGUCCUGUAUGGAGUGAGGAGGAGUCUGACACGGAGCUGGAUCUGAACGUGCCCCUCUCAGAGCAGGGUGUGGAAACACUCCCUCACAGCUCUGAAAUCGUACGCUGUAUUUGUGAAGUGCGAGAGGAUAACGACUUCAUGAUACAGUGUGAUGAGUGUUUGUGCUGGCAGCAUGGGACGUGUAUGGGACUGUAUGAGGACAGUGUGCCAGACAGCUACAGCUGCUACAUCUGCAGAGACCCACCAGCCCAGAGACAGAGUCAAAGGUACUGGUAUGAUAAAGACUGGCUGAGCAGCGGUCACAUGUAUGGCUUGUCUUUCCUGGAGGAGAACUACUCCCACCAGAACAGUAAGAAAGUGGUAACUGCCCAUCAGCUCCUGGGGGACGUCCACCAUGUGUUUGAGGUCCUGAACGGCCUGCAGCUGAAGAUGAGCAUCUUACAGACACAAGCCCAUCCAGACCUGAAGUUCUGGCGGCAGCCCUGGACACCUGCAGACAGCCUGCGGAGGAAGACAGCAGGUGACUCAGGCAUAGCUACUCCUUUCCCCUCCUCACCCAUUGGAAUGGGAGCGAAUGAGUUUGAGACAUUGAAGAGCGAAGUCCCAUCACCUGUGGAGAGGCAUUGCUCUUUCCAGGACUCGUACAUUAGCAGCGAGCACUGCUACCAGAAGCCCCGUACAUACUACCCUGCGGUGGAGAGAAGACUUGUGGUGGAGACACGGUGCGGUUCUGAGCUGGAGGACAGUCUGAGGAGCACAGAGGACCUACUAGAGAUGGCCGAGCAGAGGUACGGCACGCAGCUGGACCACAACCAGCACAAGCUUCAGCUGGCCGACCGCUCCUUUAGUAAGGAGCUGGAGUGUCGUAUGAAAAGACUGGUUUGCCCAGAGCAGGAAAAGAGUUGUGUGGGAGAAAUCAAGGAAGAGGAGCCUGACCCUGUGACCCCUGACCCAAAGCCUGACCCUGACCUUGUGCUGCACCAGCAGUGGCAGCUGAACCUGCUGGAGCACAUUGAAGCAGUGCAGGACGAGGUGACGCACAGGAUGGACCUUAUCGAGCGAGAACUAGACGUGCUGGAGAGUUGGCUAGACUACACAGGUGAGCUAGAGCCUCCAGAUCCUCUUGCGCGCCUCCCUCAACUGAAACAUCGCAUCAGACAGCUCCUGACUGACCUGGGAACUGUCCAACAGAUCGCACUCUGCUCCUCGUCCUCUUGAGGGCGACAGAGAACAUACAAACAGUUCACACUCAACUGAGUUCCUUAAAACUGCUGAAAUACUUACAUGUGCCUGUGUUUUGAGAGGAACCCCUUCAAUGAUUCAAGCUAACGUCAGUGUGACAGUUUCUGUGGCACAUACAUGUUGGAGUGAUGGGUCUGGUCAGCAGUAUAACAGUAGUCACCGGCUAGACAACACUCAUGAUUGAGGGUAAUGAUACCUAAUGCAAACAACCGGUUUUUUGUUUUGUUUUUUGUGGAAUAUAAUGCUUCAUUGUAGCACUUAUCAUAAAUAUCAUAGCCUUAGGAGGUUUUUUGUUGUUGUUGUUGUUUUUUCAUGUAAUUUUCUCUGUAUUCUUCACAUGCCAAAUAAUUGUUUUAUGUUAAUUCAUAAGUGUUUAAGUAAUAAUUUUGGACUCUUUGCUCUUUGGCACUUAUUUGCUCUGGGUGAAGAGCUUAAGGACCCUAGUGGUAUUUUACUGUAGUUAAAAGAAAAAACGUUAAAUAGGAGUACAACAAUAUGAAAAAAUAUAUUUUAAUCUGAAAAGUGUGCAUUUUACUUUUAUAUUUGUACUAAGAAAUCAUGUAAACUUGUAAAUAACCCAACCAAUUGCUUAAACUGUUGCACUUACAGUAAAGACUUCCUGUAAACUUUGAUCUGAUGUGAAUACUGUAGUUGUGGGCCUAUAACCCUCUAAUUUUUUGACAAUUGAUGUUGCUUUCAUUUCAAAGCAGUGAACUUUGUUUCCACUGGUACAAAAAACAAGCACAGAAUGUUGUUCUCUUGCAUACUGAAUCUUUGUAUAUUUCUUUUUCUCCAAGGUUUCACUGUUUCUGAUACCGUUUUGUUAGUUUCUUUCUGUUGUUUAAGUCUACAAGACUGAUUUUGAUUAAGACAUUAGAUGCAUUUAAGUUAUUGUAAAUGUGAAUUUAAGUUAUUGAUUCUGCCACCCUUUUACAUCUGACUGAGCCUGAUCUAUUAUUUCAGGCCAAUCUGAGUGUCAUUCACCCUCAAAUACGCAAACUACAUUUGUUAUAAAAUCCUGCCAACAGGUAUUUAGAGGGCUUGUGUUUUAUUGUUAACUUUCUCUGUACAGCUAGUGCGCAACUGACAGUCCAUUGAUUGUUUUUCAGUAUUGUGUAUUAUAUUUUUACAUCUGCCCUGUUGCUUUCCAGGCAUUGGAUAUCUAGUUAUGAUUCACAUGUAUUGCAGUCCUUUUAUUUUUACAUUAAAUUUUUCCAUCACUGGCAUCUUUUAACGGUGGGGUCCCUAGGAAUUAUAAUAGGUUUUGAAAAAUAUACACGUAAUCCAACUGCAAGAAAAUAAAUGCAAACAUUUAAACUCCCAA